UGUAAAAUAGUAAAAACAUAGCAUCAUGGAUCAUGAAAAAUUGUAAAAUAGUAAAACAUAGCAUCAUGGAUCAUGAAAAAAGUAUAACACAACAAGACAUCAAAGUUUGGUGACCACCAAAAGGCAAAAACUAAAAGGAGUAGGGUCAGCUUUGCCUUGUGCUUAUCUCAACAACUACCAACUGUUUGAUGAUUGUCUUCCGGAUAAAGCCACACAAAUAGAAGAGACAUUAAUUAAAACGACGUGGCAAAUAGAACUACGAAGUUUCUAGGGCCUAAAGUUCCAAAGCCUUAUUACCCAACCGGCCCAUAUAAAUAACUCAUAAAACAAAAAAAAACUGCAUAAGAAAAGACAGAACAGAGGAGAUGAUGUCGACGACGGCAAGUCACGGGAGAGCGAUGAUGCUUCCAUCUCCAACGAAAGCGUUACAACAUCACCGACCGUCGAUCUUAACCGUAUCGGACAUGUUCCACGUAAGACGAACGGAACCGAGGCGGUUCCGGCUGGUUGUUACAGCGACGGCGAAGUACAAGGGGACGAAGAUGAGGGAGGAGAAGCUAUCGGAGAUGAUAGAGGAGAAAGUGAAGGAAGCUACGGAGGUGUGCGAGGCGGAGGAUAGAUCGGAGGAGGAGUGUAGAGUGGCGUGGGACGAAGUGGAAGAGGUGAGCCAAGCUAAAGCAGAUCUGAGGAUCAAGCUCAAGCUUCUGAACCAGGAUCCGCUCGAGAGUUUCUGUCAGGAGAAUCCAGAGACCGAUGAGUGUCGAAUCUAUGAAGAGUGAGAGAGUUUCGUGUUUUUUUUAAUGAUUGUAUGUUCAGUUCAGAUGUGAUUUUUUUUUUUAUAAUAAGAUAAGUGUCACAUUUGUUAUAAUUGGACAUGAAACAGAGAUAUUUGGAGAUCUCAGUUUGGUUAGGUAACAAGAGAAACGAUCAUGGAGAGUAGAGAGAGUGAGAGACAAGCUGGGCGUUAUCAAACGGCGUCGUGUCGACUUCCGUGUUUAAACGACUGUCUCGUGGUUAAAAAUUUAACAUAAUGGGCCAUUGAGUAAAUUGGGUCUAGACUAACUCGCCGGGUCCGAGUGUUAAAGCGCAGGCCCAAUCUCGUAUCUACCGGCCUUUUUUUUUCUUAGAAAGAAUCACAAUCCUUAUUGUUUGUAAAUCUACCUGCAUAGCCCAUUGUUUUUAUUUGACUAAAGUUAGCCCAUUGUUUUUGUCUUUAGAAAAAAGCAAUCAAAUAAAUAUAUUGGUAAUGGUCACCAUCUAGAGUACUAAUCUCUCGACCAGCUGUGUCUGCGUCAGUGACUUCGUGUAAUGGUUCCAG